AUGACAGAUACAGUAUGUGGUGACUUGAUCAGCUAUGAUAAUCACAUACUUAGCAGACACUCCAGUGCAGAUACGGCGCGCUCUCUAGUGUGCAACGACUGUUGGAAUGGUCUCUUUGCACGCGGCAAUUUUCGAGAUAUAUGGGAAAACCUAGGCUUUUUCUCCAGUAGUCCGAAGGCUAGACUUUAUACCUACACCUCCACUUGGAAUCAAAUAGAACAAUCGAGCCAAGGCGGGUGCAACUGGUGCACCUUGCUGGUGAGCACUGCUAAAUCCGAUAAACGAUACAACUACCCCCACGACGAGGACGCAUUCUUCCGCUCAUUUACCCAAACUUUUACUGUAUCAUUCAAACCACCGAGUUAUGACGGAAAAGCCUUGGUCGGCGCUCAGCUUAUUUGUGUUCGCGUCGGGGACUAUGAGCUCAUCUCUUUUCCCUUGUACACGUCGCCAGAUGAUCCAUGUGCCGACGAAGUACUAGCUCGAGAUAGGAUUUAUCGAAUGAAAUCGACAGAAACGUGUCGUCUGGCGCUUGAACAUUUAUCGCACUGCAUCAAUGAUCACAGCGCGUGCCCCAAGCCAAGCCAGGUUCGACCGCUUCCUACUCGUGUCAUCGAUUGCACCGACCCGGAACGACCGAGACUAUACAUCACCGGCGGCAAUGUUAAUGGGUCUUACGUUGCGCUUAGUUAUGUAUGGGGUGAGAGUCAGCCGCACAAAACAACCCAGAACAACCUCGAUGCGUACACUCGCGAGAUCCCUACCGAUCUACUUCCUCAGACUUCUCGAGAUGCGAUUUGGGCGACAAAGGCGUUCGGGGAGAAAUAUCUUUGGAUUGACGCUUUAUGCAUCAUCCAGGAUUCUAAAGUGGACAAGCGACAAGAAAUUUCCAAAAUACCAGCGAUCUUCUCUAAUGCUGCAUUCACCAUAAUUGCGGCGCGGUCGUCCAAGGUUAGCGAUGGAUUCCUGCAGGACUGCCCACCACCCUCAAUCCCCAUACGACCUCUACCAUUUCCGUGCAAAGGCGAUCCUACCCGCUUCGGUACCAUGUACGUCGAGCAAAACUCACUUGGCGGCUUCGACGACAACGGCGACGUGCACGAUCCGGUAAACAAACGAGCCUGGUGUCUUGAAGAACGCCUACUUUCCACACAUGCGUUUGCGUACACUUCGACCACUCUUCGCUUUUAUUGCCCGAUGACCCGUAUCAGCAUUAACGACGCCGUGCGCGAACUACAUGACCUUCCAACCCACCGUCUUAACAUCGAGUGGAUGCCUGCGCCUGAGGAAGAACACUUUGAUCCGAAGGAAGAAACAGCAUUCGACUAUAACAGAAGGACGACUCUAUGGGAUAACAUCAUCCAUAACUAUACUGGCCGAACGGUCACGCAAGUUGAGGACAAACUCAUUGCCCUCGCAGGUGUAGCCAGCCGCUUUAGCACGCGGUGGAAAAAGGGAAAGUAUAUGGCGGGGCUAUGGCUCGACAACUUUCAGCACGACCUCCUAUGGCAUGUGGCCGAUGGCAACCAGUUACCACGACUGGAGUCCUUCAGAGCACCCUCCUGGUCGUGGGCGGCCGUGGACAGUCAGGUAGAAGCCACAAAGCUUCAGCCCUUCGACCCGCCCCUAUACGAGCUAGAUAAGCACGUAGUGCAACUUGAAUCUGAUAUACUUCCUUUUGGCGGAGUAACAGCGGCUUCGCUAGAAAUGCGCGUGCGCUUACUCAAGGCCGAAUGGCGCAACGACGGCCUGUAUGCCUACCAGCCCCAGGUAACUGGCAGUAAUAAGUCCGAGAAUGAGUCGAAGAUCUACUACGCAUGGCGGGAUACGAUAGAGGUAUGUCAUGGAAACGUCUGGUUGUUACCUGUCGCCUGGAGCACGAGGUCACUUGACCUCUGGGGUCUGGUUGUGGUUCCAGGAGAAAAGCCAAGGGAGUACAGACGCGUAGGUUGCUUCCGAGAUUUCCCCAAGUGGAUAUCCAAAAGCAAUGUUUUGGAGUUAAGGUUAGAACCUAUCACGUUUAUAUGACUUCGGUGACUUCUCAGUAAUUAGUAAGUAACAGGUAAUUUAUAUGAGCGGCCAAC